AUGGUGAAAACCAAGAGAACCCACAAGUACAAGCAGAGUAGAAGGACAGAGUUGACUGACCUCCCCCGGGAAAUCCUCGUCAACAUCCUUAAAAGACUGCAUCUCAGGCCACUUUGUCACCUCGAAUGUGACUCCAAGUAUUGGUUUCAAAAAAUCGACUGUUCUACCAAGUCAAUCAGCCUCGCGUCCAAGACACUGUCAAAUGUUGCCACACAAGCUGUUGCGGAAACACCUCUACUUAUGCGUCUUGUUCGACGUACCAUACCAAGAAUGAACGAGGAUUUACCGAUUACAAUAACAGCCUUGGAAUUACUGAGAUGCGACGGCAGAUCAGGUACAAUUAAGGCCUCGGAGAUUUUGUCCAUGUCAGACGAGUAUCAUUACAAUGUUCAUUUUGUUUUCAACAACUUGUUUUGCUUCAAGCACGUACAUGAUGAUAAACCUUGCUUCUUGAUCAACCCCCUUAGGGGAGAAGUUCUAAGGCUCCCAAUGAUGACUACCCUCGAAGCCGAAGGUAUAAAAGGUGGAAAGAUUUCCAAAGUAGUCUAUGGCAUGGGAUUUAAUAAGAUAACUGGCAUUCACAAGAUUAUUCGCGACGAUGAUGACAAGAAUCAUGAUGAUGAUGAUAAAGUACGCAUGGUAGCUGAGGUGCUGGUAUUAGGGACAAGCUUGUGGCGAGAGGUACCAUAUGUGCUUCCGUAUUGGAACCUUCAUUGCAUGAACAAUGUGUGCGCCCAUGGAGACAUGCAUUGGUUGUGCAGUGGUUUCAAGGGAAAGGGGGUUGAAGAAAUAUGCGAUAUAAAUCCCAAAGAAGGAAUAUGCAUCCUAGUUUCAUUUGACUUCACAAAAGAAGAGUUCAACUUGACUCCCCUUCCCAUAUUACACAGCUCGGAUAUGUGCUUACACUUGAUUACUUUGCGGGGAUCUAUUGCUCUUGUGGAUACUUCAUCAAGUAAGAAAAUUGAUAUAUGGGUAAUGAAAGAUUACAACAGAAAGCAGUGGACACUAGAUUACACAAUCAAUACACUUGAAUCAGGUCUUCCGUUUGUUCACUAUGUUGUUUGUGAAUGGGAGCAUGGCAUAUUUUUUACACAAGAAUCGGGCGACGCAUCAUUCUUUUUUUAUUUGAGACGUGUUACACGCGCAAGUACUGGAACUGGGUUUCAGCACUGGAUGCGAGUCUUUAGUAUGAAAGGUUGCUUAAUUUCCCUUAAAGAUUCUGGGAAUUUGGUUGAAACAUUAGUUUUGAGGAAGUUCUAA